AUGGUAAACGUCCCGAAAGAACGCAAGACUUACUGCGCCGGCAAGUGCAAGAAGCACGCCGCCCACAAGGUGACCCAGUACAAAGCAGGUAAGGCUUCCAACUUUGCACAGGGAAAGCGCCGUUACGAUAGCAAGCAAAUGGGCUUUGGUGGACAAACCAAGCCCGUCUUUCACAAAAAGGCCAAGACCACGCGUAAGGUGGUUUUGCGUCUGGAAUGCAAGAAAUGUAAGACCAAGAAGCAGUUGUGUAUCAAGCGAACCAAGCAUUUCGAACUGGGAGAAAAGGCAAAACAAUCCGGU